AUGCCGCCCGCCGCGCUGCCAUCGUCUAGAACGUACAGCAUCGCCGCCAUCCCUGCUGACGGCAUCGGACCAGAGGUCAUCGAGGCCGGGAUCGAGGUCCUCUCCGCUCUUGCUGAGAGUCUAGGAUCAUUCACGAUUGACUUUACAAACUACGAUUGGAGCUCUGACACAUACAAGAAGACGGGCAAGUACAUCCCAGAUGGCGGACUAGAACAGCUCAAGAAGCACGACGCCAUCUUCUUUGGUGCCGUAGGUGCCCCUGAUGUGCCUGACCACAUCUCGCUAUUCGGACUUCGCCUGGCUAUUUGCCAACCCUUUCAGCAGUACGCCAACGUGCGCCCGACUCGCAUUCUCCCCGGAAUCAGCUCUCCGCUGCGCAACUGCAAGCCCGCGGACCUUGACUGGGUCAUAGUGCGCGAGAAUAGCGAAGGCGAGUAUGCUGGACAGGGCGGCCGCUCACACAGAGGUUGCGCCUGGGAAACAGCGACCGAGGUUGCCAUUUUCACACGGCAUGGCAUCAGGAGGCUGAUGCGGUUCGCCUUCGAGACGGCACAGAAAAGGCCUCGGAAGCUCCUAACGGUUGUGACCAAGAGCAACGCGCAGCGAAAUGGUAUGGUGCUCUGGGACGAGGUGGCAGCUGAGGUCAGCGAGGAGUUCCCAGACGUCACCAUGGACAAGAUGCUGGUCGACGCCAUGACGGUGCGAAUGGUGCAGAAGCCGGAAAGCCUCGACACCAUCGUCGCCACAAACCUCCACGCCGAUAUCCUCUCCGACCUUGCUGCUGCAUUGGCAGGAUCCAUUGGCAUUGCUCCCACAAGCAAUCUGGACCCCACUCGCGAGCAUCCUUCAAUGUUUGAGCCCAUCCACGGCUCAGCGUUUGACAUCACCGGGAAGGGCGUCGCCAACCCAGUCGCGACAUUCUGGACUGCCGCCGAGAUGCUCGCAUGGCUGGGCGAAGAUGAGGCGUCUGCGAUACUGGUGAAGUCGGUGGAGAACAUUUGUGCUCGGGGCAUCGUGACACCUGAUUUGGGCGGAACGGCCAGCACCAAGGAGGUGACAGCUGCUGUACUGACUGAGAUCAAGGGAGGCUCGGCUAAGGGCUAUUUCACCAUGAUUCGUUAA